AUGUCCUCAGAACUCCUUUCGCUGCCGAAGGUCCUUCUGAUGGGGCUGCGAAAGUCAGGGAAGAGCAGCAUUCAGAAGGUUGUCUUUGAGGGGAUGCAGCCGCACGACUCUGUCAACCUCCCGACGACAGUUCAGCCGGAUAAGAGCAGGGUACACUCCAACGAUUUUGUGAACUUUGAGGUGUGGGAUUUUCCAGGCCAGAGUGACCCCUUUGACCCCAACAACACGGGCCCGUUUGAUGUGGAACAGUUACUUGAGAACUGUGGCGUCAUUGUUUUUGUGAUGGAUUGCCGCGAGUUGAUUGAGGAUUCCCGCGCGCGUCUAAUUGACACGGUGUGCGCUGCCUACCGAUACAACCCGGAGCUCUCGGUGGAGGUGUUUAUUCACAAGGUGGAUGCCCUCAGCGAGGACCACCAGGCGGACCUUCUCGCCAGUCUGCAGCGCCAUGUGGAGUUGGAGGUCAAACAGCAUCUGGAGAGCGCGGUACCGUUGCGGGUGAACUUUAACCUAACCUCUAUUUAUGAUCAUUCGGUGUUUCAAGCCUUCUCUUUGGUGGUGCAAAAGCUUAUCAAGCCGCAGUCUCCAUACAUUACAGAACUCUUGCAGAUGCUGAACAGUAACAGCAACGUAGAUCUCUCUUAUUUGUUCCUUAGUAGGUCCAAAAUCUUUUUGGCCGUCGAUGAGCGCAGUCGUGCAAAGCUGCGAACGUACGACCUUUGCAGUGAUGCCAUUGAAGUAAUGAUGAAAAUGAGCCAAAUCUACGCCCCCUGCACAAAGGAGAGGCAAGAAAAAGGUCAUGAUACCACCACCACUACCAUCACCACGGUUACUGGUGCGACGGAUGCUGCAGCCAACGGCUUAGAAAAUGCCCAUUGUGUUGAGAGCGUUGAGGCGGCUGUUGGUGCAGGGGCAAAUGCCGUCAUAAAAAUUAGCAGUGAUGACUACAUUUAUGUGAAGGAGUUGCCCAACUCUCUCACCGUGGUGCUCAUGGCUCAGAAGGAGUGCUUUCGUAACAGAACACUGAUCGAUCACAAUAUUUCUGUCUUCUACAAGGCGGCAUGCGAUAUUUUUAACGCCGUUGCCACUUGGCCGUGA